AUGAGUAAUAAUCAAGCACCUCCAGACUCUUGGGAAGAGCAAGAAGAAGCUCAGUAUGACCCAAAUGCAUCAUAUCAAGCUGCACCAAAUGGCACAUACAACGUAGCUGCAACAACAUUCAAUCCAGGACAACCUGCUGCUGCAAAUGCUGCUUAUUAUACUCAACCUGGGGCUCCGGGAGGGUAUAAUCAACAAUACUACGGUCAAGGAGGAUACUACAGCAACCAGUACGCUCAACAACAACCAACACCACAACAACAACAAUACUAUGCAAAUCCACAGGGAUAUAAUAAUCAGUAUGCCAACUAUCAGCAGCCAGGGUACGGUGCGUAUGGACAACAGGGGUAUUCGCAACAGGGAGGAUACCAACAACCACAAUAUGACUCGAGAUACGGGAAUGGAGGGUAUGGAAAUAAUAGAGGAGGUGUAUCUGCUCGUGGUGGUGGACGUCCACAAUACGAUACCACGACUGAUCGUUCACAACAACAAAUGUCAUACCAAGAAUACGAAGCAUCAAAAGCCAGCACCGCGUCUAUAUCAUCGUCAUCUACCACCGCAUCGUCAGUAUCCGUCAAACCAUCAGCUAGUGGUGGUAAAGCAAAUACCGUAUCGCUUGGAUCAAAAGCUGCUGUCGUGUCGUUAGGUGGUGGUGGGAAUACUGUAACGUUGGGCAAAUCAACUGUCGCUUCGACACCAGCGCCAGCUGCUGUCGCUGCAGUUGCGGCAUCACAGGAUGUGAAGGUUGAAAAACCUGCUGCUGCUGUUGCGUCCAUAUCGUCCACACCUGCAGUAUCAGAAGAAGCUGCUUCAUCUACAGCAAUGGACACUGAUCCUCCACAACCAACCGCAUCGAUAAAAGCAGAUGAUCCUAAACCAGUUACCCCUCCAGCAAAGAAGAAGGAAUUACCUGCAUCAGCCGCUGAUGCGCCUAAAAAGGCUGCUGUUGCGGCUACCGCUGUAGCUGCUGCACCACCACUUCCUGCUAUUGAGGCAGAUGAAGAUCAAAGAGAACACGUCAAUUUGGUUUUCAUUGGGCAUGUUGAUGCCGGCAAGUCUACGAUGGGUGGGCAGAUAUUAUAUUCUACGGGUAUGGUAGAUAAACGAACACUGGAAAAGUAUGAACGAGAAGCUAAAGAGUUGGGUCGAGAGUCAUGGUAUUUGUCAUGGGCCAUGGAUUUGAAUGUUGAAGAGCGAGCCAAGGGCAAAACAGUAGAAUACGGUCGAGCCUACUUUGAGACACUCAAACGGAAAUUCACGAUUUUGGAUGCACCCGGUCACAAGAACUUUGUCCCAAGUAUGUUGGGAGGUGCUGCUCAAGCCGAUGUAGCCAUCCUAGUCAUUUCAGGAAAGAAGGGUGAAUUUGAAGCUGGAUUUGAAAAGGAAGGCCAAACUCGUGAACAUGCUCGUUUGGCAAAGACUGUUGGUGUCAAGAGGAUGAUUGUGGUUAUUAAUAAGAUGGAUGAUCCUACUGUGCAAUGGUCUCAAGAAAGAUACGAUGAAUGUGUUUCCAAGUUGACACCAUUCCUCAAAUCUGUUGGAUUCAAUCCCAAGAAAGAUUUGGAUUUUCUACCUGUAUCUGGAUACACUGGUGCCAAUAUCAAGGAUCGUUUAGCUGAAGGUCUUGCUCCAUAUUACAACGGACCUUCACUCAUUGAAUUCCUAGACAAUAUGGAAAUACCUCGUGAUUACAGUGGUCCAUUAAUCAUGCCUAUAGCAGAUCGAUUCAAGGAUAUGGGCACAGUCGUGGUCGGUAAAAUAGAAUCAGGACGCAUGCAAAAAGGCCAAGCAGUAGUCCUCAUGCCCAACAAGAAGGUGGCCGAAAUUCUCACCAUCAUGGUUGAAGACAAGGAACUCAAUACUGCCAAGAAUGGUGAUAAUGUUCGUGUUCGAUUGAAGAAUAUUGAAGAAGAAGAUGUUUCACCCGGUUUCGUGCUAUGCCUUCCCAACAACCCAAUACAUACCAUCACAGCCUUUGAAGCCCAGUUACAAAUAGUGGAAUCCAAAUCGAUUAUUUGUGGUGGAUAUCAAGCAGUUAUGCACAGUGGAACGAUUACUGAGGAGGUCACCAUGACGGACUUGUUACAUAUGGUGGACAAGACUAGUGGUAGAAAGUCAAAGCAUUCUCCCAAGUUUGUCAAGACGGGUGACAUCUGUAUUUGUCGAAUUGAAACAUCACAAAUCAUUUGUUUGGAAACGUACAAGGAUUACCCACAGUUGGGACGUUUCACUUUACGAGAUGAAGGUAAAACUGUUGCUAUUGGAAAAGUCACCAAGCUCUUAGCAGACCAACUAGCUCCUGUGGCUCCUGUCGAGUAA